CCCAAGCCUCCUUAUUCUCUUUCACCGAUUCCUUGUAUUUCCUCUCUAUAUAUUUCAUACUUACUAUAAAAACAAGAAUAGCCCACAGCUUUCUCCCAUGCACUUGUCUAUUGAUCUUCACCUCCAACACUUCUUGCUUAGUGUUUCUCUCUUACUCUUCUUUUUGGUUCCCAUAUCUCUUUGUCCAUAACUUGUCUCUGAAACAGUUACUAUCCUUUGUUCUUUUUAAACUCCCACACCACAGAACUCACAUAAUAUUCAUUCAAGAUUCUAUUACAACUUCUCUCUGACAGCUUAAUUACAAACUCUUUCCAUUCUGGUAUAUAUAUUGUCUGAAUUGUGAGUCCCUUCUCAGUUCCCCUGACAAUGUCAAGUCGAAGAUCACGUUCGGGACAGUCAGCAGUUUCAAGAAUAAGCGAUGAUCAAAUUGCAGAUCUGGUAUCCAAGUUACAACUUCUUAUCCCUGAAAUCCGCAAUAGGCGUUCUGACAAGGUUACAGCAUCCAAAGUGUUGCAAGAGACAUGUAACUAUAUAAGAAGUUUACACAGAGAAGUGGAAGACCUAAGUGAACGAUUAUCGGUGCUUUUGGAUUCUACUGAGAGUGAUAGUGCUCAAGGGGCUAUUAUUAGAAGUUUACUUAUGUGACAAUAAUUGCCAUUAUUAGAAGCUUACUAAUUUCAACUGCUACCUCUAUUUUGUACUUGUUAUUUUGGAUUCCAAAUUGUUGCAAGAGACAUGCAACUACAUUACUAGUUAUAUUUAAUUUGCGUUUGGCCACUAGGCCAGUGUAGGAGAGACCCCAGUCUGGCUCUCUCUCUCUAUUUAGACUGGCUAGUAUCAGCUAUGUCAUACAUAUAUAUAUUUAGAUAUGGCAAAUUUGGAUAUAUAGUAUUAUUGGUUUCUAUCCAUCCAUUUCAAGAGUU